AUGUCCCAGGCCGGCACUAUGAUGACGGCGGCCCUAUGGCCGGGCUCCGUCCAGCCGAGCAGCUUCUCGCGCCUGGCGUGUUGGUUGAAGAUGGGGUCGGACCGGCUCGGCGAGUGGCGCGUCUCCGCCACUCGCGCUAGUGCUGACAUGGCGCUCUGGUUUGCACUGUCCUGGCAUCCGGACCUGCAGCUGGACGCGUUGAUGGGCCAGCGGGCCGGGCGGCUGAGCGGGCCGGAGGACGUGUACAUCGACGCGGCGGCGGGCGGGACGCUGUACACGGCGACGAGGGACGGGUGGCUGGAGAGGAUGCAGCCCAACGGGUCGUGGGAGCACUGGCGGUUCGUCGGCGGCACUGACCUGCUCGGGAUCGCGCCCUCCGCCGACGGCAGCUUGCUCGUCUGCGACGCUCACAAGGGAUUACUGAAAGUCGAGGAGGGUCGCGUGACAAUUCUUGCAUCUACGGUCGAAGGCUCCACGAUCAGGUUUGCCGACGCGGUGAUCGAGGCGUCCGACGGCACGGUCUACUUCAGCGACGGGAGCACCAGGUUCGGCUUCGGCGAGUGGUUCCUCGAUUACCUCGAGGCCCGCCCCACCGGCCGGCUCCUCAGGUACGACCCCGGCACCGGCAAGGCGUCCGUGGCGCUCGACAACCUCGCCUUCGCCAACGGCGUCGCCCUGUCGCGGGACGAGUCCUUCCUCGUCGUCUGCGAGACAGCCGGGUUCAGAUGCACGAGGCUGUGGCUGAAAGGCGACAAGGCCGGCCAGAAGGAGACCUUCGUCGACAACCUUCCGGGGUCUCCGGACAACAUCCAUCUAGCACCGGACGGCUCCUUCUGGAUCGCCCUUCUCCAGCUGAGGUCACCAUGGAUGGACCUGAUCACCCGCUGGACCUUGGCCAAGAGAGUCGUCGCGUCGAUCCCGGCGCUUCACGAACCCAUCAAGGCGACGGCGAAGGGAGCGAUGGUGGCUCAGGUGUCGGAGGACGGUGAGAUCAUCCGUGUGCUCGACGACUCCCAAGGGAAGGUGAUCCACUUCAUCACUUCCGUGACGGAGUUCGAUGGGCACCUCUUCUUGGGAAGCCUUUCCACCAACUUCCUGGGCAAGCUGUCUCUGGCGAAGGUGCCACGGGUGCAGGCGGCAGUUUCAUCCUAGACAUGUACUCGUACUGUUAGUGUUGCCUGUUAUGGUGUAAUCAUCCAUUUCCAGUGGAAUAAUAAAGAUAAGCGGCACUAACCCAGCUGGCAAUUUACGUCUUC